GGCUCGCGGCGGCGGCGCCGGUGCAGUCCCGCCCGCGGCCCGCGCUCCGCGGCGGCCUGCGGGGCAGCGGCGGCGGUUCCCCCCUCCCGGCUUUGUCCGCAGCGCGGCUCUUCCCCGCCCUUCCAGCGCCGUCAUGUUCGAGAUCAGGAAGAUCUGCUGCAUCGGCGCCGGCUACGUCGGGGGCCCGACGUGCAGCGUUAUCGCGCAGAUGUGCCCCGGCAUCCAGGUCACCGUCGUCGACGUCAACGAGGCGAGAAUCGACGCCUGGAAUUCGGACACGCUUCCGAUUUACGAGCCAGGGUUGAAAGAAGUGGUAGAAUCCUGUCGAGGAAGAAAUCUCUUCUUUUCUACCAGUAUUGAUGAUGCCAUUAGAGAAGCCGAUCUUGUAUUUAUUUCUGUUAACACUCCAACAAAGACUUACGGGAUGGGAAAAGGCCGGGCGGCUGAUCUGAAAUACAUUGAAGCAUGUGCUAGAAGGAUUGUACAAAACUCAAAUGGCUAUAAAAUUGUCACUGAGAAGAGCACAGUCCCAGUACGUGCUGCAGAGAGCAUUCGUCGAAUAUUUGAUGCUAAUACUAAGCCAAACUUGGAUUUGCAGGUGUUGUCCAAUCCAGAGUUCCUCGCGGAAGGGACAGCAAUCAAGGACCUGAAGAACCCAGACAGAGUGCUUAUUGGUGGAGAUGAUUCUCCAGAGGGACAGAAAGCGGUCCGUGCUCUGUGCGCUGUGUAUGAGCACUGGGUACCCAAAGAAAAAAUUCUCACAACCAACACCUGGUCGUCAGAGCUUUCUAAACUGGCAGCUAAUGCUUUUCUUGCCCAACGAAUCAGCAGCAUUAACUCAAUCAGUGCUCUGUGUGAAGCUACAGGAGCAGAUGUUGAAGAAGUGGCAAGAGCGAUUGGAACAGACCAAAGAAUUGGAAAUAAAUUUCUCAAAGCCAGUGUUGGGUUUGGAGGUAGCUGUUUUCAGAAGGAUGUUUUGAAUUUAGUGUAUCUUUGUGAGGCAUUGAACUUACCUGAAGUAGCCCGCUAUUGGCAACAGGUAAUAGACAUGAAUGACUAUCAGAGAAGAAGAUUUGCUUCUCGUAUUAUUGACAGCUUGUUCAAUACUGUCACUGAUAAGAAGAUUGCUAUUUUAGGGUUUGCAUUCAAAAAGGAUACUGGAGACACAAGAGAGUCUUCCAGUAUCUACAUUAGCAAGUAUUUAAUGGAUGAAGGAGCAAAACUCCAUAUUUAUGAUCCUAAAGUACCUAAAGAACAAAUCAUCUUGGAUCUUUCACAUCCUGGUGUCUCAGAAGAUAAUCAAGUGUCUCGACUGGUUACUGUAAGUAAAGAUCCAUAUGAAGCCUGUGAUGGAGCUCAUGCCCUUGUAAUCUGCACUGAAUGGGAUAUGUUUAAGGAGCUAGAUUAUGAGCGUAUUCACAAGAAGAUGCUGAAGCCUGCAUUCAUUUUUGAUGGCAGGAGAGUUCUUGAUGAUCUUCAUAAUGAGCUACAAGUCAUUGGUUUCCAGAUUGAAACAAUUGGGAAGAAGGUGUCAGCCAAAAGAAUCCCUUUUGCUGCUUCUUGUGAAAUUCCUAAGUUCAGUCUGCAGGACCCUCCUGUAAAAAAACCGAGAGUGUAACUCUUAAUAUACCGAGGAAUUUCUGUGAACCUUCUUAGUGAUAUUAACUGUAAGCCUAUGCUUUUUUUAAGGAAAUAUUUUUUCAUAAACUGAAAACCAUUUUUACACUAGAAAUGGUACCUGGUACAUGUGAAUUCAGUCUACUUUCAAAUCUCUAUUUUUAUAAUUUUUUUCAGUUACUGGAGAUGGUACAGACCAGUUUUUAAUAAUGAAUCAACGUUUAAUUGAAAAUUAGUUACAAACUGCGGAUUUUUGCUUCCAGAAACAUUCCUAAACUGUGCUUGAGAUUAAGUGCUGUGAAAGCAAAAGAAAUUAAAAAAAUUCUUUUACUUCAGUCCAGCUAUGGACAGUGAUCAAGAGCUUAGCUGGUAUCACUGAUUAUAAUUUACCUCUGGGAUAACUUUUUGCCCUGUUAAAUGUUUGCUCUAACCAGCACUGAAGUCAGAAGAUAUGUUCUAAAUGAAUUUGAUAAGAUUUGGGUGGAGCCCUAAAAUAGAGAAUUGACUGCAAUAAUAGUGCCCUGAUCUUGGCUGGGAUCAAUGGGCAUUAUUAAAAUGUAAAGUGACUUCUGGUUUUGGGAGGCCAGAUAAUUCUGCAGACAUCUGUUGUGUAGUUAAUGACAGGGGACUAGCGUCUGUAAACUGAUCCACUGGCAGAUAACACUUUUGAUUCUUCAUGGUCUUGCCCACAUUCCACAUACAGCACACAAAUUAUGGAUUUAGUCAGAUUCCUGGGGCAAAUUUUCCUCACUUGCAGCAGUGUAACCCAUCAGCUUUGGCAGAGGAGCAUUCUGCUUGCUGUUUGUUUGGACACUGAAUUUAAGCAGAAUUACCUGAAAUUAAUUCAGUAUCAGUCCAAGUAGAAAGCAAAUGCUGGCUUCAAAGCUAUCUGGUGUUUAUUUUUUCCUUUCUUUCUGCUUGAAUACUUGAACUGAAUGCAGGUUUCCUAAUCAACCUGCAAAAAAUAUCCUCUGGUCCUAAGAAGAGAUUUAAAAAUACAAAUUCAGCCCCAUAAGUUAGUCAGCUUGCUACCUCAUGUAAUGAGCAGGAAUGCAUUCUUCCAAUGUUAUCUUUAUACUUUUGCCUUUACUAUUACUUUAUUUCUACUUGUUCUAAUUUUCCCAAUUGGCCAGUGCUAUUAAAUUCCUUGAAAUGGCACAGUUUGUGAUCAGUUUGUUGCAUGGGGUUGUAAAUGGAGGGGAGGAUAAAGGGGGGGGGUGACUGAACAGGUUUCAGAAUGAAAGGGGCAGGAACCUCCUGGCUGAAUAACAGUAGUCUUUGGAUGUUUGAGAAUUGCUGUGUUACUGGUCACAUAAUACCUUCUGUAUUUAUUCAAUGAGAAAGUAUGCUGUAUCAAUAGCUAAACCAAGAGCACAAGAUCCACUUCCUUUUUGCUAAUAAAAGUACUAUUACUUGCUAAAA